GGAAUUAUUUUAAAGGCCAAAUUACGCGGGAAAACAAAUCAAAAGUGAAAGUAGAACUAAAUAGUUGAAUGAAUGUCUUGCAACCUGUUUGUAAUAGCGUAAUAUGGUAUAAAGUACAAACAGGAUGAGCCAAACAAGCACCUCCAGUGCUGGUAGCUGGCAGGGAGGCAGAGGAUGGAGGGGUCGAGGCUGGUGGAGAGGUCGUGGUGGAGGUCGUUACUACAGUCACCAUGGAAACAGAGGGAGAGGCAAUUCACAAUCUCAGGGCAGAGGAGGAAGAAUGAUGGAUGAUCCACAGCCCAACAGAAGGCCUGCAUCACAGAUGGUCCAGACUGUCCUUGAGGUCCAGUCCCCAUACAAAGGAUGGAAGUAUUACUUUCCAGAAGAAGCUUAUAAUGACCAUUCUCCAACAGUUAAAAAGGUUCAAAUAUUUGAGAAAUAUUUCCUGAGCUGGUCACAGUCUUACAAAUGGGAUGAUGUGGAAGAAAAAGGAUAUUUCAUUGUUGAUGUGAAAGAUUUUUUGUCUGAUCAGAUUUUAAUGGAAGGUAUCCCUGACCUAUCAACAGAGAUGAAGGAUAUGCCAGACAGAGUACUCUCUUGUAUUGGAUUAGCUGUUCACCAGUUGAUUACUCACAAAAGAAGACAUGAAGCAGAAGCAGAAGCACAAACUGACCAAUCAGAUGUCAGUAGUUAUUCAGUGCCAGUAAUAAUAGCUAGAGUGAUUAACUUUGGAUCACAGAUACCACUGAAAAAUUUGAAAGCCAAUUACUAUGGAAAGUUUGUCUCUGUGAAGGGAACAGUUGUAAGAGUUAGUAACAUCAAACCAUUGUGUACAAAGUUAGCUUUUGAGUGUGUUUCCUGUGGUAAUGUUCAGAGUGUGACAUUACCUGAUGGUAAAUAUACAGUUCCUACCAAGUGUCCUGCUCAGGAUUGUAAGGGUAAAACAUUCUUUGCAAAGAGAAGUUCAGAACUUACAAGAACCAUUGAUUGGCAGACUAUCAGGGUACAAGAAAUUAUGGUAGACAGACUGAAAGAAACUGGCAGAAUACCUAGAACUAUUGACUGUGAACUGACACAAGAUUUAGUUGACAGUUGUGUACCUGGAGAUGUAGUUACUAUUUCUGGUAUUGUCAAAGUUAACAGUGUUGAUGAGGGUAAAGGCAGAAACAAGGACAAAUGUAUGUUCCUGUUGUAUAUCUACGCUAACUCUGUUGUGAAUGCCAAGGGGAAUAAAUCUGGUGACAACUCAGGACUAGCUAUGGAGUUCACCAUGAAGGAGUUGUAUGCCAUUGAAGAAAUACAGAGUGAGAAAAAUCUGUUUAGAUUGCUAGUAGGGUCACUUUGUCCGUCUAUUUAUGGCCAUGAGCUGGUAAAGGCAGGUUUAAUACUUGGAUUAUUUGGUGGAACUCAUAAGUUUACAAAUGAUAAGAAUAGAAUUCCAGUCAGAGGAGAUCCUCACAUUUUAGUUGUUGGAGAUCCAGGAUUAGGGAAGAGUCAGAUGUUACAGUCCACAGCCAGUAUAGCUCCCAGAAGUGUGUUUGUCUGCGGAAAUACAACUACUACAUCUGGUCUGACAGUGACCCUAUCUAGAGAUGGAGGGUCAGGAGAUUUUGCAUUAGAAGCAGGUGCUCUGGUUUUGGCUGAUCUUGGUUGUUGUUGUAUAGAUGAGUUUGAUAAGAUGGGAAAUCAACAUCAAGCUUUACUAGAAGCCAUGGAACAACAAAGCAUAAGUAUUGCAAAAGCAGGGAUUGUAUGUAGUUUACCAGCCAGGACAUCUAUAAUAGCAGCAGCCAAUCCUGUUGGUGGCCAUUAUAACAAGGCUAAAACUGUGUCAGAGAAUUUAAAAAUGGGUAGUGCCUUGUUAUCCAGAUUUGACCUUGUCUUUAUUUUGUUGGACAAACCAGAUGAGGAAAUGGACAGUAUGUUAUCUGACCAUGUGAUGGCUUUACAUGCUGGACAAAGUAGAGCACUGAGUGUAACUGUAAGAAGACAAAAAGAUGAUAGUAUAAAUGAGUCUAUACUGUUAAUAGAAUCAGACAAACCUCUCAGUGAUAGGUUAAAGACACCAAGACAUGAACCAUUUGAUCCUAUUCCUCACCAACUACUUAGAAAGUAUAUUGGAUAUGCCAGAAAGUAUGUCCAUCCCAAGAUAAGUUCUGAAGCUGCUAAAGUCAUACAGGACUUUUAUCUUGAGCUUAGAAAACAGCACCAAACACAAGACAGUACACCUAUUACAACCAGACAAUUAGAAUCUCUUAUUAGACUGACAGAAUCCAGAGCUAGAUUAGAACUGAGAGAAGUGGCUACCAAAGAAGAUGCUGGUGAUGUCAUAGAAAUUAUGAAAUACAGUAUGGUAGAUACUUAUACAGACCAGUUUGGUGGACUGGAUUUUAAACGUUCUCAGCAUGGAUCAGGAAUGAGUGGUAGAUCACAGCCCAAACGUUUCAUAGCAGGAUUACAGAAAGUGGCAGAACAGACCUACAACUCUAUUUUUACUGUACAACAAAUGAGACAGAUAGCUAAGGAUUGUGGAGUACAAGUGCUGGACUUUGAAGGUUUUAUUGGUUCUCUAAACAAUCAAGGCUUUUUACUGAAGAAAGGACCUAAGGUUUACCAACUCCAGACUUCUGACUUCUGAAACAGAAGAAACAUUAGUAGUCCAUGAUUGUUACAAAGGAAAAAGCAGAUUAACCAACUUCAGAAGUCUGACUUUUGAACAAAGAAGCUUUGUUAAUGUUCAGGAAUUUUUACCACGAAAGGACCAAAUAUAUAUCAUUUAAAGAUAUCUUACAAAAGUUUAAAAAAAGGGUAUCCCAUUAAUGACCAAUGAUUCUUAUUCAAGAAAAAAGGGUGUUUCAUUAAUGACCAAUGAUUCUUAUUCAAGGAAAAAGGGUGUUCCAUUAAUGACCAAUGAUUCUUGUCCAAGAAAAAAGGGUGUUCAAUUAAUGACCAAUGAUUCUUAUCCAAGAAAAGAAUGACAUUCACUUACAGAUGCAACACAAAUAUUGACCAAUGCCAGGUUUAAAAGUCUGUUGACAAUAAAAAAUCAAUUAGAACAUCAAAUGUUGAAUGAAAAUGGACCAAACAUCAGAUAUCAUUUUUAUACAGUAAAAUUGUGUUCAGUCGCCCAGUCAAGACCCAUCACAAGACAUUAAGGCAAAAAAUGAACUAGACAUGUCAUAAUUAUUACUUAUUGGCAGCUUGAAUGCUUAUCUUUAUCCCUGUUAUUCUCUGUUAAAAAUAUUGCUAAAUUAAAACAAAUACUGUUUGUAUUAGAAUUCAAAUUUUAUAGACUAGUCACUACUUCUCAAAUAUUUGUAAACUAAGAUAUCCACUCUUCUACCUUAUUUCCUGCAUAAAAAUCCUUACUUCAGAUUGAUACGAUGUUGCCAUUUAUAAUGUUUUUUAUUGUUAAACAGUUCAUUUAUGAUUUGCGUACAUAUUUAUUACUUGUUAUACUUUUGA